UGUACUUUCCAAUAUUUCAGUGACAGUAUUGCACACAAGUGACAGUGCCAAUAGCCCCCGCCAAGUCCUGCUGCGCAACGCAGUGUACCGUAGCGUGCGCGGGCGCAAGGAUGCCGCUGCUUCGAACAAAAGUUUUUGCUGCCGCUCUCGUGUUUUUUUCAGGCAUAUCAUGUCAACGAAAGCCGAUAAAAGAGGCUCUAUUUUUGAAUAGUGAUAGUUUCGGUAACUCUACAUUGGAAGAUUGCGUGUGGAAGAGAGAAAGAGAGCCAUGCCCUGACCCAAAUAUUACUAUAAAUUUGUACACAGAAGCUGAACCUGAAAAGAAAACUGUGGACCUCUUUAGUGAAGACUGGCUUCGUCAGAGUAGCUGGGAGCCCUCCCACGAAACAAUUUUACUUAUUCACGGCUAUGCUGGUGGGGAUGAUACACUGCCGAUAAUUGUCCUUCGAGAUGCAUAUCUCCGGCGUGGCGGUUACAACGUUUUCAUGCUAGACUGGGGACAGCUAUGCCAGCCUCCGUGCUAUGUCGCGGCUGUUCACAACUUGCGCCCGGUCGCACGGUGCGUCGCAGAGGCGCUUGCGACUUUGCGUCGUGCGGGUCUGCGACCUGACCGCCUCACUUGUGUCGGACACUCAUUAGGAGCUCACUUGUGUGGAAUUAUGUCAAAUUACUUGAACUUCAGAAUGAAUCGAAUUAUAGGGUUGGACCCAGCCAGACCUUUGAUCAGAUCAGCUCCCGCAUUACGUCUAGACCCUGGAGAUGCUCGGGCGGUCCACGUUCUUCAUACAAACGCAGGCCGGUAUGGUGAAGCGGCACGACUUGGUCAUGCAGAUUUCUGUCUAAAUGGAGGAAGAAGUCAACCCUUUUGUGAGGAUACACCAAACGCAGCCCUAUGCAGCCACGUAUGGUCGAUAUGCUAUCAGGCAGAGAGUCUGUUCAGGCCUCGUGCCGCUGUCCCUUGCGGGCGACGCUGCUCAGUGAGAGUUCCGCCAGCUAGAGCCUCCGCCCUGCCCGUGCCUUUGGGACAAUCUGCGCCUAUGACAGCCUCAGGCGCAUAUUGCGUAGAAGAUUUUACAGCUCCAUUCUGUCCAGCUACGACAGGCUUAUCGGAUGGCGACGAUCGCUGUUGUCUCGACAAACAAUACGCGGCUGCGGCUACAACCACUCAACCCCCAAGAACACGCCCUAGGCCAAUAGUAAGACUUCGUUCUAGACGGAUUAAAAACAUACCUACCAAUACUACUUGGGAAAAUUAUGAACAAGAAUAAGACAAAUCUAUUUACGUAGAUCAUUCUAGGAAAUACGGUGGAAUAAGCUGGGUAAUUAAAGGCAAUGUCCCAUGAAUUUGUAAAUAAAUUCUAUUAAUAUAAAAUCUAAUAUUCUUGAUAACAGCACUUGAUCAUUUUGUCAUUUAUUCGUAAACGUCGAUGCGAUUAAGUCAUUGUCGAACAGUACAAUCGUUUCAUAAUUUAGAUUUGAUAUACUUAACUUCGCGAAUAUUAUUGGAACACUUCGUUGCUUGUUUAGUUCCAAAAAGGCCCACGGAGCGUUGCUUGAGUUUUUUAUAUAAGUUUAUUUUGACUACACUUUUUCCAAAGACAAGAAAAGAGAAAUAAUUUUAAGGGUAAUCUUAAGAUAAUUUGGCUUUAACUUGUCAUCUAAGGAUCGUUAGUUUUAAUUUUAGACUCAAGUUACCGUCUUUCAUUAGCAAAAGAACACUUGGGACAGACUAUUAUAAUAAUCACCGGAAUGAGUGAUCCGAGCUAAUUAAUGACCGGCAUUUUUGUUGCUAAUCUGGCGAUCCCAAUUUUUACAGUAAGAAAAAUAUACAUUACAAUAAAAAUGCAAUAUGAUGGUGGUGGCAGCCGUCUCCACUAGUUUUAGUAUUUAAAUUAAAUGUAAGAAUUAAGGCUAAUCCCCUUAUACGUUCAAAGCUUCAAAACACUACUGACUUUGCAAAUAAAUAAGUGUUUAUGAAAAAGCCUGUAAGACGUUAGUAGAUAAAUUCAAUAAAAGUACAAUAUUGUCUAAUUAUUUAUGGGUUGCCAAAGAAAUCAAAAUAAAUGAUAUAUAGAA